CCCCCACCCCAAUAAAAAAGAAAUGCGUCUGGAACGAAUCUGGUAACCAUUGAGCAGAAAGGAAGAUACUUUUGAGACCAGCCAGUUGCUGCAGCUUCCUUCCCAGCAGCUCACUGGCCUGCUGGGAGCACGAACAGCAGCGCUGUGGUGUCCAGUUUUGGCACCAGGGGCGCCAGAGCAGCCGUUCUGGGUCUGCGAAGCUAUCUGUAUAACCUGCUUGACAUCUGGCACUGGGGUUUAAAGGCCAACUGAGGACUAGACUACAGAGCUAACAGGGUGUUGGCUCCACCCUCAGCCAAGGGAGCCCCGCCUCUCCCUCAGCCUGACCCCUGCGCAAAGCAUGCUGGUAGUCAUGGGCUGCGCGAGGCCGCCGGCUCACCUCGCUAUAGGAUAGGUCUAUUGCUCUGCAUUUUUCUCCCAACUUCGGUACUUCCGGGAUAUCAGGGCCCCAGUUUGCGCGUUGGGAUUCCAGCCUCAUUGUCCCUGAGUCUAUGUAGGCGGACCAGACCCUGACCUUUCAUCCCGAGCCAUCAAUCCCAGCACGAGCCGGCUAUGCAUGGGAAGCUGCUGCCGCUGGGUGGCCUCUAUCUUGUGCAGGGUCUGCCCUAUGGACUGCAGUCCAGCUUGCUACCUAUUUUACUGCGGGCCCGAGGCCUCUCUCUAACUCGUGUGGGUCUGACCAAGGGAUUGUAUGCUCCAUGGCUAUUAAAGCUGGCGUGGGCACCGCUGGUGGACAGGCGGGGCUCCCCGAGGCUCUGGCUGACCCUCAGCACCAUGUCCCUGGGCCUGGUGUGUGGACUGCUGGCUGCGUUGCCUCCCCCGCAAGCUGGCCAGGCACAGCUGCCCACCCCCGUGAUGGGGCUGCUGCUGCUGCUGAAUCUGGGUGCAGCAGUGCAGGACGUGGCUCUGGACACGCUCGCUGUACAGCUCCUGGAGCCAAAGGAGUUGGGACCUGGGAACACUGUGCAGGUGGUGGCUUACAAGCUGGGAUCAGCACUGGCUGGGGGUGGGCUGCUGGUCCUUUUCCCCACCCUCUCUUGGCCAUUGCUUUUUCUGCUCCUAGCUGCCACCUACUGGGUGGCUGCUGCCUUAGCCUGGGCUGCACCGGCUUUGGGAAGACUGCCAUGGCCUCAAGUGUCCGAGCACGCCCCACACACCUAUCUCCUACAAGAUUUGCUGGCUGUGCCUGGGACCCUCUGGACAGCAGGCUUUGUGCUCACCUACAAGUUGGGUGAGCAGGGCGCUGGCAGCCUGUUCCCACUACUUCUGCUGGAUCAUGGUGCUUCUGCCUCAGACUUGGGGCUAUGGAGUGGCUUGGGUGCCAUGACCUGUUCCAUUGCUGGCUCCUCAUUGGGUGGAGCUCUACUGGCCAGGCACUGGCAGCCGCUGUCCCUGCUGAGGUCGGUGCUACAGCUUCGCCUUUGGGGUCUGGCCGGCCAGACUGCUCUGCUUUUCCACCUCAACACCCCAGGAGCCAGUCUGGACCCUGGCACAGUCUUGAGAGGGGCAACUUUGCUGAGCAUCUGUGUGCAACAGUUUCUGGGGGGUGUGGUCACCACUGCCACAUUCACUGUGAUGAUGCACUGCAGCCAGUUAGCACCCAGAGCCCUGCAGGCCACACAUUACAGCUUCCUGGCCACUCUGGAACUGCUGGGCAAGCUGCUACCGGGUAUCCUGGCUGGAGUGCUGGCUGACGGCCUGGGCCCACCUCUCUGUUUUGCCGCCUUCCUUGUACUCUCAGCCCUACCCGUCCUGGAUCUCAGCCUGGCACCCAGUCACCUGACCUGAGCUGGAUGUUAGGACUGUCCAUAAAGCCAAUAAAACUAAUGUAUGGCCCAGAUGUCCAGGACACAGGAGCUGCAGCUAUCUUCAAACUGAGGGCUGCGUUCCCAGGAAGUAUAUAAAAUUACUGAAUGCUUUUUA